AUGGACUUCAAUUCGUCUGGCUUUGGCUCGCGUCAACGCUCAUACCCAAAUCUCCACCACAUCUCAUUGGCUCCACUUAGGCCUCGAUUUCCCAUCGACGAUGACAUAGAUUUCACAGAAUAUUUCAACCACGGCGACACAAAUUCUCCGAAAACAUCCUAUCUCUCUAGUGCCUCUAUGCCCAGCACCCCACCAAUCCUUUCCCACUCGCGCAGUGAAUCACGAACCCGCCUCGCUCCCUCGCGAAGCUCAACUCGCCUCGACCCACUGAGCGACACAAAUCUAGUCAGCAGAAGCAGAAAUCUUACACUCCCACCACACCACCAUGCUGCCACACACGGGGAAAACCGCAGCUCCUCGAAUAUUCGCAAUAUUACUGGCCAUGCAAACACAAAGGCCGAUGCAGAAUGGAUGCUGCGCACUGGUAUAGCCCUGGCCUCAUCUACACGAGAGGAAAAAGGCCAGAGCUGGCUCUCUAAGCGUGAGAGCUCUACUAGUCUCGUCACAGACAUGGCUUUCGAUGACCCUACAUCGAUGAGUUCUCAUCGUCACCACCACCACUCCAAGUCUAGAGCAUCCUCGCGGAAAUCUUGCUCUGGUGCGUCGACGCCGAAUGUCUACUUGACUCCGACACACAGAUCUCGUGCUGGAAGUAGACGUGGCAGUCGUAACGCUCUCACUAUGACCAGCCUGCCGCCCUUCACGACACUUUCGUCGGCAACAGUUGGUAAAACAGGUGUGAUGAGUCCUGAAGUUCGUGGUCGCAGCACUGAGCCCGUUCCAGACUUUGUGGAUGAGCGUGUUCGUGCAGAGAUGAUCUCGUUGCAACAGGGCCAUCCGCCCGAAGAGGAACACGGGCGCUGGGAUGAGGAGAAUGGUAAUGAUUCCGAGUAUGACUACUCUUCCGAUGAUACUUCGGAGGAAUUUGACGAGACAGAUCUGCAGCGUUUACGACGCGAGUGCGGAUUCGGAUUGGGGACUUGGGUUGACCGAAUUGUUGAAUGGAUGUUGUUUGGCAUGGAUGAGUUGCCUGUAUCUGUUGCUCCUGUCGCUGCCCAGACGCAUAUUGGAGCUGCUGUUACAACCACAAGUAUUACGUUUGUGGAGUCUGAGGAUACUUUGUCUGUAGUUACUACCGAUGCAGAACGCAACCAUGAGUCUGAGGGCGAGUUAAGUAUUAGCGGUGAGAAGCCUGGUGCAGAGGGUGGAUGGGAGGAUGCGACUUGGUUGUUUCGAGUUGCCAAGAGAGCAUUUACGUCGUAA